AUGCUUGCACGAACGCUAUUCCGCAGAGCCGCGGCGGCGGCGGCGCAGAGGCUCUACUCGACGCCGGCGCAGUCGUCGUCGCCGCCGUUGUUGGGCAAGAUUAGAUGCGACAUGAAAGACGCCAUGCGCGCAAAAGACACAAACAAGCUCAACGUCUGCCGCUCACUCAUCGCCGAGAUCUCCAACGCCAGCAAAACGCCCGCCCCGCCAACCACCGACAUCCACCUCCUCGCCAUCAUCACCAAGACGCUCGACAAGUCGCUCGCCAGCCUUAACGAGUUCCAGAGCGCCGGCCGCGACGACCUGGCGGCCAAGGAGGCUGGCCAGAUCGAGGUGCUGAAGGCCUAUGCCGCGCAGGUGGAGAAGGUGGGGCUGGACGAGAUUGAGGGCGUCGUGAAGAAGGUGCUGGAGGGCGGCGUGGGCAAGAUGGGGGAGGUCAUGAAGGCGGUCAUGAACCAGCUGGAGGGACGGCCCGUGGUGCAGGGGGAUGUGGCGGGCGCGGUGCAGAGGGCGUUGAAGAAGUAG